AUGGAUGUAAAAAAUGCAUUUCUCCAUGGAGAAUUACAAGAGAAAGUGUACAUGCAACCACCAUCAGGUUAUGGUCAAGCUCAAAAUGGUAUGGUAUGCAAGCUUCGCAAGGCUAUUUACGGUCUAAAGCAAUCUCCAAGAACUUGGUAUGCCAAGCUUAGCUUAGUUUUGGAAAAGGCUUCUUUUCUUAGGAGUAAUGCAGAUUCCUUUCUAUUUGUUCGAACUGGCACAAGAAGAAGGUUAAUGGUUCUUAUCUAUGUGGAUGAUCUUAUAAUCAUAGGUAACAGUGCAACUGAGAUUGCAGCCUUGAAGCAAUCUUUACAUGAGACCUUCACCAUCAAGGAUCUUGGAAGGCUAAAGUAUUUUCUUGGCAUAGAAAUGGCUACUUUUUCCAAAGGGUUGUUCCUAAAUCAAAGGAAAUAUGUAACCGAUCUUCUCAAGGAGACAAAUCUUCUUGAUUGCAAACCUACAUCCUCUUUAAUUGACAACAAACUCAAGCUUACCAUGAAUGGAGAAACUCUUCAUAAUGUGAGUUAUUAUCAAAGACUGGUUGGUAAGCUAAUUUACCUCACCAUCAUUCGUCCUGAUAUCACCUACGUAGUGGGGAUAGUUAGUCAGUUUAUGCAUUCUCCCACCAUUGAUCAUGUCAACAUUGUUAAACAGAUUCUUCAUUAUCUUAAAGGGUCUAUUUGGAGAGGAAUUCUCAUGCAAAAUAACCAAUCUACAAGCAUAAGUGGUUACAUUGAUGUUGAUUCGGUAGGCAAUGCCAUUGAUAGAAAUUCCACAACAGGUUACUGCACAUUUGUGGGAGGCAAUAUUGUAACCUGGAAAAGCAAGAAGCAACAGGUCAUUGCUUGA